CUUGUGCUUAGUGAGAGUCACCUCCUAGUGUCAACAUGUCAUGUGGGAGUGAACAGCCUAAGGGAAUUAUGGGUACUCCCUAGGUUAUAAAGGGAAGGGAAGCCUAAGCUCUGGUGCCUUUGGACUCCAAUCUAUGAAUGAAGCUGGAUGUACUGGAGAUCCCAUGGAAGACUUCAUUACUGGAAGGGACUAUAUUAUUUGAAGGCACCCUGUAUAUGAGGACCAAAGGAGUUAUUAUGCUGAUGGAAUCUACAGAGUAGGAACUCCAGUGUGUAGGACCAGUGCAGCAGAGCAUCUCUAAGAGGCAUCACUAGCCAACUAAUAUACUUUACUCAUAGUGAGACACAAAUGUUUAAGUCUGCAACAGCAGACUUACCUUCUGGGACUAUUACCCCUAUUUUCAUCGUGUUGUAUAUGGCAAACAAGUUCUCAUCCCAAAAAUGAAGAAAUUCACUUGUGAUAUCCUCUUUCUCUUAUGGACAUCUUUCCUGAUAACCUGCGCAGGAGGAGAAAUCCAAGUUAUUGGGCGUUUAGGGGAGACUGUCACACUGCAGUGCCCUCUGAAUUCACCAGCAAAAAUCUCAUGGAUGUUUGAUGAUAAUGGGGAAAAAAUACUUUUGGCUGAAUUCAGAGACCAGAAGUUCAUCAGAGUGAAUGGGAAUUAUUUCUCCAGGCGACUGGAAGGAUCUAACAGUGGCACCGCAUUAAGGAUCAAACAUCUGAGAAUGGAGGAUGGUGGAGUGUUCACUGCUCACAUCACUGUUAAUGGAAGCGCUACAGACAUUAGUUAUGUUCUCACAGUGUUGGGAAGAGGAGACAUCAUUCUGCCAGUGACUGGCCUUGUAGGGGGGAAUGUCACAUUGCCAACCUAUCUGACUCUGCCAGCUGCCAUCGAAAAAAUCUCAUGGAUGUUUCAUGACAAAGGCAAAAAAAUACACCUGGCUGAAUUAAGAAACCAGAAGUUUAGCAGACUGAACAAGAAUUAUUUCUACAACCGCCUUGAAAAAUCUAAUGAUGGAACCGCAUUACAGAUCAGAGAGCUGAGAAUGGAGGAUUCUGGGAUCUUCACUGCACACAUUCAUUUAUAUGGACGAAAAAGAGACAUUUCUUAUAUUCUAGCCGUGUUCGAGCCUAUCCCAACACCAGUGAUAAAAGUGACGUUUGAUGAGAAUUCCACUGAUCUCUGCCAUCUUCAUUGUUCUGUCCCAUCAAACUCACCAACCCUGUCCUACAGUUGGACCUACAGAGAUACUGGCACUGACAGACUAUAUGCCAAUGGCAGCACAAUCACUGUAUCACUGAAGGAUAAGGCAUUGGGGGCAGAAUUUACCUGCUGGGUACGAAAUCCUGCUCACAGCAAUAGUGUGUCAGUCGUUUUAAAUUCACUUGGUGGGAGACAAACAGAGAUACGAAAAGAGAUACAACCAGGGAUGCAUAAAGAGAUACAAUUAAAGAUAGAAACAGAGGUACGACCAGGGAUACAAACAGAGCUACAGCCAAAGAUACAAACAGAGAUACGACCAGGGAUACAAACAGAGAUACGAACAAAGAUACCAACAGAGCUACAACCAGAGAUAAAAACUAAGCUAGAACCAGGGAUACAAAUAGAUCUACAACCAAAGAUACAAACAGAGCUACAACCAAAGAUAAAAACAGAGAUACGACCAGGGAUACAAACAGAGAUACGAACAAAGAUACAAACAGAGAUACAACCAAAGAUAAAAACAGAGAUACAACCAGGAAUACAAACAGAGAUACGACCAGGAAUACAAACAGAGAUACGGCCAGGAAUACAAACAGAGAUACGGCCAGGAAUACAAACAGAGAUACAAACUAAGCUAGAACCAGGGAUACAAAUAGAUCUACAACCAAAGAUACAAACAGAGAUACAACCAAAGAUAAAAACAGAGAUACGACCAGGAAUACAAACAGAGAUACGAACAAAGAUACAAACAGAGCUACGACCAGAGAUAAAAACUAAGCUAGAACCAGGGAUACAAACAGAGCUACAACCAAAGAUACAAACAGAGAUACAACCAAAGAUACAAACGGAGAUACAACCAAAGAUACAAACAGAGAUACAAUCAAAGAUACAAACGGAGAUACAACCAAGGAUACAAACAGAGAUACAACCAAAGAUACAAACAGAGAUACAACCAAGGAUACAAACAGAGAUACAACCAAGGAUACAAACAGAGAUACUACCGGAGUUACGAACAACGAUAAAAACAGACACAAAAUCAGAAAUACAAACAGACAUAAAGAUACAAACUGAGGAAAAAAUAAAAGCAGGAGGAGAAAUCCAAGUUAUUGGGCGUUUAGGGGAGACUGUCACACUGCAGUGCCCUCUGAAUUCACCAGCAAAAAUCUCAUGGAUGUUUGAUAAUAAUGGGGAAAAAAUUCUCCUGGCUGAAUACAGAGACCAGAAGUUCAUCAGAGUGAAUAACAACUACUUCAUCAACCGGCUGGAAGGGUCUAACAGUGGCACCGCAUUAAGGAUCAAACAUCUGAGAAUGGAGGAUGGUGGGGUCUUCACUGCUCACAUCACUGUUAAUGGAAGCGCUACAGAAAUUAUUUAUGUUCUCACAGUGUUGGGAAGAGGAGACAUCAUUCUGCCAGUGACUGGCCUUGUAGGGGGGAAUGUCACACUGCCAACCUAUCUGACUCUGCCAGCUGCCAUCGAAAGAAUCUCAUGGAUGUUUCAUGACAAGGGGAAGCGAAUACACCUGGCUGAAUUCAGACACCAGAAGUUUAUCACAGUUAAUAAGAAAUAUUUCUUAAACCGCCUUGAAAAACCUAAUGAUGGAACCGCAUUAAGGAUCAGAGAGCUGAGAAUGGAGGAUUCUGGGAUCUUCACUGCACACAUUCAUUUUAAUGGACGAAAAAGAGACAUUUCUUACAUUCUAGCCGUUUUCGAGCCUAUCCCAACACCAGUGAUAAAAGUGACGUUUGAUGAGAAUUCCCCUGAUCUCUGCCAUCUUCAUUGUUCUGUCCCAUCAAACUCACCAACCCUGUCCUACAGUUGGACCUACAGAGAUACUGGCAAUGACAGACUAUAUGCCAAUGGCAGCACAAUCACUGUAUCACUGAAGGAUAAGGCAUUGGGGGCAGAAUUUACCUGCUGGGUACAGAAUCCUGCUCACAGGAACAAUGCAUCAGUCCCUUUAAAGUCACUUCAUGGGAGACGAACAGGAAUACAAACUGAGAUACAACCAUGGAUACAAAGAAAGAUACAAUCAAAGAUACAAAAAGAGAUACGACCAGAUAUAAAAGCAGAGAUUCAACAUAAAAUACAAACAGACACAAAACUAGGAACGCAGACAGAGAUACAACCUGGAACAGAGAUACAUCCAGAAAUACAACCAGAGAUACAAAUAGAGCUACGACCCAGGAUACAAACAGAGAUACAACCAGAUAUAAAAGCAGAGAUACGACCAAAGAUACAAGCAGGGAUACACACUGAGCUACAACCAAAGAUAAAAACAGAGAUACGACCAGGGACACAAACAGAGCUACGACCAGAGAUAAAAACAGAGCUACGACCAGAGAUAAAAACAGAGCUACGACCAGAGAUAAAAACAGAGAUACGACCAGGGACACAAACAGAGCUACGACCAGAGAUAAAAACAGAGCUACGACCAGAGAUAAAAACAGAGCUACGACCAGGGAUAAAAACAGAGAUACGACCAGGGACACAAACAGAGAUACGACCAGAGAUAAAAACAGAGCUACGACCAGAGAUAAAAACAGAGAUACGACCAGGGACACAAACAGAGCUGCGACCAGGGAUACAAACAGAGCUACGACCAGAGAUAAAAACAGAGCUACGACCAGAGAUAAAAACAGAGCUUCGACCAGAGAUAAAAACAGAGCUACGACCAGAGAUAAAAACAGAGAUACAACAAGGGAUACAAACAGAGCUACGUCCAGAGAUAAAAACUGAGCUAGUACCAGGGAUACGUACAGAUAUACAACCAGGGAUACAAACAGAUCUACGAACAGAGAUACAAAAAAAGAUACAAACAGACACCAAACCAGAAAUACUAACAGAGGUGCAAACAGACAUAAAGAGACAAACAAAGGCAAAAAUAAAAGCAGGAGGAGACAUCCAGGUAAUUGGCCGUGUAGGGGAGACUGUCACACUGCAGUGCCCUCUGAACCUACCAACACGAAUCUUGUGGACGUAUGAUGAUAAUGGGGAAAAAAUACUCCUGGCUGAAUACAGAGACCAGAAAUUUAUCAGAGUGAAUAACAACUACUUCAUCAACCGGCUGGAAGGGUCUAACAGUGGCACCGCAUUACUGAUCAGAGAGCUAAAAAGAGAGGAUAGUGGGGUCUUCACUGCUCACAUUACUGUUAAUGGAAGCGCUACAGACAUUAGUUAUAUACUGAAUGUACUGGGAAGAGGAGACAUCAUUCUGCCAGUGACUGGCCUUGUAGGGGGGAAUGUCACACUGCCAACCUAUCUGACUCUGCCAGCUGCCAUCGAAAGAAUCUCAUUGAUGUUUCAUGACAAAGGCAAAAAAAUACACCUGGCUGAAUUAAGAAACCAUAAGUUUAGCAGACUGAACAAGGAUUAUUUCUACAACCGCCUUGAAAAAUCUAAUGAUGGAACCGCAUUACAGAUCAGGGAGCUGAGAAUGGAGGAUUCUGGGAUCUUCACUGCACACAUUCAUGUUAAUGGACAAAAAAGAGACAUUUCUUAUAUUCUAGCCGUGUUCGAGCCUAUCCCAACACCAGUAAUAGAAGUGACAUCUGAUGAGAAUUUCCCUGAUCUCUGCCAUCUUCAUUGUUCUGUCCCAUCAAACUCACCAACCCUGUCCUACAGUUGGACCUACAGAGAUACUGGCACUGACAGACUAUAUGCCAAUGGCAGCACAAUCACUGUAUCACUGAAGGAUAAGGCAUUGGGGGCAGAAUUUACCUGCUGGGUACAGAAUCCUGCUCACAGGAACAGUGUGUCAGUCGUUUUAAAGUCAUAUAGUGGGAGACAAACAGGAAUACAACCAAAGAUACGACCAGAGAUACAACAAAAAAUACAAACGGAGACACAACCAGAGAUAAAAACAGAGAUACGACCAGGGAUAAAAACAGAGAUACAACCAGAGAUAAAAACAGAAAUACAGCCAGGGAUAAAAACAGAGAAACAACCAGGGAUACUAACGGAGAUACGACCAGGGAUAAAAACAGAGAUGCGACCAGGGGUGCAAAAAGAGAUACAACUAGGAAUACAAAAAGAAAUACGAUCAGAGAUACAAACUGAGAUACGACAAGGGAUACAAAGAGAGACACAAAAAGAGACAGAAAUAAAAGCAGGAGGAGACAUCCAGGUGAUUGGCCGUGUAGGGGAGACUGUCACACUGCAGUGCCCUCUGAAUCUACCAACAAGAAUCUUGUGGACGUAUGAUGAUAAUGGGGAAAAAAUACUCCUGGCUGAAUACAGAGACCAGAAGUUUAUCAGAGUGAAUAACAACUACUUCAUCAACCGGCUGGAAGGAUCUAACAGUGGCACUGCAUUAAGGAUCAAAAACCUGAGAAUGGAGGAUGGUGGGGUCUUCACUGCUCACAUCACUGUUAAUGGAAGCGCUACAGAAAUUAGUUAUAUUGUCAAUGUAUUUGGAAGAGGAGACAUCAUUGUCCAGGCAACUGGGCGUGAAGGGGACACUGUCACACUGCCAACCUAUAUGAAUCACGCAACUUCCAUUGAAAGAAUCUCAUGGAUGUUUCAUGACAAAGGGAAGAAAAUACACCUGGCUGAAUUCAGAAACCACAAGUUUAUCAGAGUAAAUAAGAAUUAUUUCCCCAACCGUCUUGAAAAAUCGAAUUAUGGAACCGCAUUGCAGAUCAAAGAGCUGAGAAUGGAGGAUUCUGGGAUCUUCACUGCACACAUUUAUGCUAAUGGAAGAAAGAGAGACAUUUCUUAUAUUCUUGUUGUGUUCGAGCUUAUACCAACACCAGUAAUAGAAGUGACGUAUGACGAGAAUUUUACUGAUCUCUGCCAUCUUCAUUGUUCUGUCAAUUCAAACUCAACAACCCUGUCCUACAGUUGGACCUACAGAGACAAUGGCACUGACAUACUAUAUGCCAAUGGCAGCACAAUCAGUAUAUUACUAAAGAAUAUGGCAUCAGGCUCAGAAUUUACCUGCUUGGUACAAAAUCCUGUUCACAGGAACAGUGCGUCAGUCCUUUUAAAGUCACUUGGUGGAAGACGAACAGAUAUACGAAAAGAGAUACAAACUGAGAUACGACAAGGAAUACAAAGAGAGAUACAGCCGGAGAUACAAACUGAGAUACGACCAGGGAUACAAAGAGAGAUACAGCCGGAGAUACAAACUGAGAUACGAACAGGGAUACAAAGAGAGAUACAAACUGAGAUACGACCAGGGAUACAAAGAGAGAUACAGCCGGAGAUACAAAGAGAGAUACAGCCGGAGAUACAAACGGAGAUACAAACAGAGAUACGACAAGGGAUACAAAGAGAGAUACAGCCGGAGAUACAAACGGAGAUACAAACAGAGAUACGACAAGGGAUACAGAGAGAGAUACAGCCGGAGAUACAAACAGAGAUACGACCAGGGAUACAGAGAGAGAUACAGCCAAAGAUACAAACAGAGAUACAAACUGAGAUACGACCAGGGAUACAGAGAGAGAUACAGCCGGAGAUACAAACUGAGAUACGACCAGGGAUACAGAGAGAGAUACAGCCAGAGAUACAAACUGAGAUACGACCAGGGAUACAAAAAGAGAUACAGCCGGAGAUACAAACAGAGAUACAAACUGAGAUACGACCAGGGAUACAAAAAGAGACACGACGAAAGAUACAUAAAGAGAUAGAACCAAAUAUACAAACAGAGAUAGAAAAAGAAAUGCAACCAGACAUACGACCAGAAAUACAUACAGAGAUAGAAAAAGAUAUUCAACCAGAGAUACAAUCAGAAACACCGAGAGAGGCACAAAUAAAAGGACCGAAAAAAGAUUCUCGUAUACUGACAGUAAUAAUUGCAGUUUCGAUACUGUGCGGAAUAUUUGUUGGUAUAGCUCUUUAUUAUGGAAUAAGACGACGACUAAAGGUUAAAAAUCAGUCUAAUUGCACUAUUACAUACAGUGAAGUUCUGACAAGUACUCAGGAUAAAGAGCAUAUUAAAGACUCUAUUACAUACAGUGAAGUUCAGAUAAAUACUCAGGAUAAAGUGCAUACUAAAGACACUAUUACAUACAGUGACGUUCAGAUAAAUUCUAGGAGAAAUAUGCAGGGCAAAGAAGAACCUGAUUAUAAUGAUUAUACUAUUACAUUCAGUGAAGGUCAGAGACAUACACAGAAUAAAAAACAGUCUGAUGAUGCUAUUACAUACAGUAAAGUUCAGAUAAAUACUCAGGAUAAAGAGCAUAUUAAAGACUCUAUUACUUACAGUGACGUUCAGAUAAAUACUCAGGAUAAAGUGCAUACUAAAGACACUAUUACAUACAGUGACGUUCUGAUGAAUUCUAGGAGAAAUAUGCAGGAUAAAGAGCAAACUAAAGGCACUAUUACAUACACUGAAGCGCAGAGACAUUCUCAGAAUUUAGAAAAUGUUGACCAGUCUGCAUCUAACAAGCAAAAUGUGAUGAGCAGUGUAUCUGGGGAUCAUCUUGGAUACUCUGGGUCAGGUCUAUAUGGCGCCUCUUUACAUCAGACCAGAUCUGCAGGAUUAUCCGAAGCUACAACUCUAUACAAAAAUGUCUCUGGAGUCUCCAUCUCAGCCUCUGCAUCAUCUGCAUCAUCCUCUUCUGGAUACCUUGUAUCCCCAAUGGAAAGCAGUCUUAAGAAUUUAGAAAGUGUUGGUCAGUCUGCCUCUAACAAGCAAAAUGGGAUGAGCAGUGAAUCUGGGGAUCAUCUUGGAUACUCUGGGUCAGGUCUAUAUGGCGCCUCUUUACAUCAGACCAGAUCUGCAGGAUUAUCCGAAGCUACAACUCUAUACAAAAAUGUCUCUGGAGUCUCCAUCUCAGCCUCUGCAUCAUCUGCAUCGUCCUCUUCUGGAUACCUUGCAUCCCCAAUGGAAAGCAGUGUUAAGAAUUUAGAAAAUGUUGGUCAGUCUGCUUCUAACAAGCAAAAUGUGAUGAGCAGUGUAUCUGGGGAUCAUCUUGGAUACUCUGGGUCAGGUCUAUAUGGCGCCUCUUUACAUCAGACCAGAUCUGCAGGAUUAUCCGAAGCUACAACUCUAUACAAAAAUGUCUCUGGAGUCUCCAUCCCAGCCUCUGCAUCGUCCUCUUCUGGAUACCUUGCAUCCCUAAUGGAAAGCAGUGUUAAGGAUAAAGAGCAAACUAAAGACACUAUUACAUACACUGAAGCGCAGAGAAAUUCUCAGGAUAAAGAACAAACUAAAGAAACUAUUACAUACAGGGAAAGCCAGAUAAAUACUCAGAAUUUAGAAAAUGUUGGCCGGUCUGCCUCUAACAAGCAAAAUGGGAUGAGCAGUGUAUCUGGGGAUCAUCUUGGAUACUCUGGGUCAGGUCUAUAUGGCGCCUCUUUACAUCAGACCAGAUCUGCAGGAUUGUCCGAAGCUACAACUCUAUACAAAAAUGUCUCAGGAGGCUCCAUCUCAGCCUCUGCAUCAUCUGCAUUGUCCUCUUCUGGAUACCUUGCAUCCUCAAUGGAAAGCAGUGUUAAGGAUAAAGAGCAAACCAAAGACACUUUUACAUACAUUGAAGCUCAGAUAAACUCUCAGGGCAAAGAGCAAACUAAAGAUAUUAUUACAUACAGUGAAGCUCAGAGACAUUUUCAGGAUAAAGAGCAACCUAAAGAGAGUAUUACAUGUAGUGAAGUUUAUAGAAGUACUCAGGAUAAAGAGCAAACUAAAGACACAAUUACAUACAGUAAAGUUCAGAGAAAUAUGCAGAAUCUAGAAAAUGUUGGUCGGUCUGCCCCUAACAGGCAAAAUGUGAUGAGCAGUGUAUCUGGGGAUCAUCUAGGAAACACUGGACCAAGUCUGUAUGGGGCUUCUUUAGCAGGAUUAUCCGAAGCUCCAAGCUUUCCAUCAUCCAUCUCUUCCCCUCCUGUAUACCCUGUGUCUCCAACAGAAAACAGUCAACGGGUAACCUCAGCAGCAAUUGAUAAAAAGCAAACUAAAGACUCUAUUACCUACAGUGUUGGUCAGAUGAAUACUCAGGAUAAAAAGCAAACUCUAUUAACCUACAGUGUUGGUCAGAUAAAGUCUCAGGAUAUAAAGCAAACUAAAGACACUGUUACAUAUAGAGAAGGCCACAUAAACGCACAGGAUGAACAGCAAAUGAAAGACUCCAUUACAUACAGCGCAGCCAAGAUAAGUACUCAGAAUCUAGAAAAUGUUGGUCGGUCUGCCCCUAACAGGCAAAAUGUGAUGAGCAGUGUAUCUGGGGAUCGUCUUGGAUACUUUGGAGCAAGUCUGUAUGGGACCUCUUCACAUCUGCCCUGGCUUGCUGGAUUAAUUGAAGCUCCAAGUCUAUGUAACACUUGCUCCAGAGUCUCCAUCCCAAUCUCAGCAUUAUGUGCCUGUGCCUCUUCUGGAUCCCAUAUGUCCCAUUGGGAUAGCAGUCAUAAGGAGAACAAUCAAACUAAAGACAUGAUUACAUACAGUGAAGUUCAGACAAGUAUGCAGGAUGAACAACAAGCUAAAGGCACUAUUACAUACAGUGAUGGUCAGGUAAAAACUCAUGUGUUUGCAGAACAAAAGUCCAAUCACCAAGGCACCAGGAGUAUCAGACAAGAAGGUGGUCAGAUGUCAGCGCUGAUCAAGAAUAGCGAAAUAUCUGAAGACAAUAUUACAGAUGAUAUAAGAUCUCUGUUAAGGCCUCAUCCUGAGUGUCCAGUUCAGUUUUCGGGCCCAGCCCUUAUAAAGGAUGUUAGUGAGCUGGAGAGAGUGCAGUGCCAUUCAACUAAACUGGUAAAAGAGAUGGGAGAAUUUAGCUAUGAGGAAAGACAAUCAAGUGCAAGCUUUCCCCUGCAGCUCUCAUUCAAACAGGGAGUUUCCAAAGACUUGGAGGACAUCACUUCAACCUAUGUCUAUAGCCCUGGGAUUCAUACUGCAUGCAUAGGCAAUAACAAUGUUCUGAAGUCUGUGUAUACGUAUAAAGGUUUGCAAACUGACAGCCUUCAUGCUGAUAUCAUGAAUGGUAAUGAGUGCAAAUGCACAGAAGAGACCAGCAAUCAUCUUAAUGACGGCAAAUAAUUAUGUGGCCAGGAAUGGAUUCCCUUAAAAGUAAUCAUUUUUUGGAUCAGUAAAAACUAAGGAAUCCUCAAGACAUAAGGGAGCACUACAAAUCGGAGAAAUGGUGUUUAAAGUGGCCUUUACUUGUCCUUUAAUUAACUGUUUUAUUUUUAGUACAAAUCAAAUAUCUGCUUAUACAUGGAUGCUGAUUGUUCAUUUCCUCCUUAAAAAUCAGUAAGCAUAAACUUAAUUGUGGUAAUUAUCAUUCCUUUUUAUAUUUUCUGCAAAAGAGGCUGCAUUUCUUCCUUAGAUCCCCUGCUAGGGAUUCUGGUGGAACACAUAUAACUGCCAUAGCUCAGCAAAAGUAGUGUAAAGUGAAAGGGUAUGUUAUGUAAAGCACUAAGCACUGGUAGCCACGUAGAUGUACUGAUUAUACAUUUACAGAAGGUAAUGACC